AUGAUGUUCAUGACGGCGUCUUUUAUUGAAUCCUGGUUAGUCUUUGUACUGGGAAUGUUUACUUCAUUUGUCCCCUCAUUCCCAGCGCGAAGGUGCUGUGAAGCAAAGAAUGAGGUUUUCCGUAAGGAAUGGGGAGAGUUGACGCCGGCUGAGAGAAUCGAAUAUACUGACGCGGUUCGAUGCAUGCAAUGGCAACCACAGCAGCUUCCUAGGGGAGAGUUUCCAGGAGUUCGCAACCGAUUUGACGACUUUGUGGCUACCCACCUCAACUACACCCUCCACACCCAUUUGACUGGUCUGUUUCUACCUUGGCACCGGCAUUUCAUCUGGCUUUGGGAAACAGCCUUAAGAGAUGAGUGUGGAUUUACUGGACAGCUUCCGUACUGGAAUUGGCCGAUCUGGGCAAACAAUCUAGCUGCGAGCCCUCUCUUCGACUGCAGUGACAGCUCCCUUUCUGGCGACGGAGAAUACGAUGCCGGGCAACAAAACAUACAGGCUGGUGGAGUAACUCUCCCUCGAGGUACUGGCGGCGGAUGUGUUCGGUGCGGCCCUUUCAAAGACAUGGAUAUCCAUAUGGGACCAUUUUCCUCACAUCUCACCUCGCUCACUGAGAUCCCGGCGCCCGCGUUCGACUAUAACCCACGCUGCUUAAACCGGAGCUUGAACAACUUCAUCAGCAGCCACUAUACGAAUGAAACAAUCGUCCAUAGACUGCUAAAUUCGACUGAUAUUGUUGAUUUUCAAACCACGAUGGAACGUUGGCCGCCAAGCUCUGACGGGGUGCUGGGUGCCCACGGCGGCGGCCAUUUUAGCAUUGGGGCCACUCUAGAAGAUAGUUUUGUGUCGCCGCAAGACCCAGCAUUCAUGCUCCACCACUCAAUGGUCGAUCGUCUGUGGGCUACAUGGCAGGCCAUGGAUGAACACAACCGCCGGUUUGCCCUCAACGGAACGAAUACUAUCACCAACCCGCCAUGGGGAACGCCAGUUACGCCAGAUAUGAUGAUGGAAUUUGGAAUCCUGGACCGACCCCGACCAGUCGGCGAGGCUAUGGAUCCGAGGAGACAUACAUAUUGUUAUUCAUACACCUAG